AUGAGCGGCGGGCUUCCCGGCAUGAGCGGUGGUGGUCUGUCUGACCUCACCAAGAUGAUGCCCGGUAUGGGUGGGACGGGUACCGGAACCAGCGGCGGGCUUCCCGGAAUGAGUGGUGGUCUAUCAAGCCUCACCAAAAUGAUGCCUGGUGGCGGCGGAACUGGAAUGAGCGGUGGUUUGCCUGGAAUGGGUGGCGGUCUGUCGGGUCUCAGCAAAAUGAUCCCUGGUGCCAGCAGUACUGGAGGUGGUCUUCCGAGUUUGAGCAACAGGAUCCCUGGAAUGGGCGGGGCGGAAACUAGCGGCGGCCUCUCUGGAUUGAGCAACAUGAUCCCGGGCGCCGGAGGCAGUACGUCAUACGUACCAGGAACUGUUCAUGCACCGGGCACCGGCACUGGCGUUUCUGGAACGACGGGUACCGGGGUCGGUGCUACCGGCACAACUACGCCUGGCACUCCAGCGAGCGGUACAACAGGUUCUGCUAAAACUGCCAGCUCGUCGGCCGGCACUGCUCCCGACAUGACAAGUACCGAACCGGAACCGGUGGGACGGGUGCGAGUGGAACACCGUCAACAAGGACGUACCGCAGUCUACGCUCUGUAUAGUUGGGUGAAGUGA